AUGCCGCAACAAACGCCACAGUAUGAAUACACGCCCUUGGCCGGACACGAAAUCAUCCGCGUACUUCUCCUCUACCCUGCCGCUACAGACAAGGAAGUGAUUGAAUGCUCAUUCCGCGAAACUCCUCUCUGGAGAGGCUGCUCAGAUUCACCUCAGGCCUACGAAGCUCUAUCUUACACGUGGGGAGAACCCCAAGGAACACGUCCUGUCCUCUGCCAUGGAAAGACACUUCUCAUCACCCCAAACUGCGAACAGGCACUUAUUCAGCUACGUGGAAAGAAAGCACCACGAAAAUUAUGGGUUGAUGCUAUCUGCAUUAACCAAAAUUCAACAGAAGAAAAAAAUGAGCAGGUGUCCCUUAUGACAUUAAUCUACCAGUGUGCCAUCCGUACCAUCAUCUGGCUUGGUCAAGACACGGGCAAGGAGAUUUCGAGCCUCUUGCGAGAAGCGUGUCCCCUUCAAGGCCGACAGUCUCGCCGUGCCAAAGCGUCCAAGAAACUACGCAAGUUAUCUCGAAUUAUAAAUCGCGAGCCUCUGAAUCCCUUGUGGGUUUGGACAAUUCAAGAGUUUCUCCUAUCAAAGUCCUCGAUAUUCCUCAUGGGAAACGCGCAAUGUCCUCCGCGUGACUUGUACAUCUACCUGAAAUACCUUGUGCCUCUUCGUCAUGCGGAUUUCGAACAUUAUCGGCUGAGGCACAAGUUCUUCGACUUUGGACCCAAGCAAGGCGAGACCGCGUUCCAAAGCUUCAUGAACCACAUUAUUCGCCUGAUAGAACAGAACAACGCGACAGACCCACGGGACAAGGUGUAUGGCAUUUCGGCGUUUGUAGAGAGUAAAUGGCCAGAUAUCCAGUUUCCAGCCAUCGAUUACUCGCUCUCCGCCAUGCAAAUAUAUGAGAACUUUACGCGGGCGAUCAUUGUGGCGUCGAGUUCCCUCUGGCCCCUGGAGCUAGUAGUCGGAGCGCCAGAAUUUGGCAUAGGCACGGCAACAUCAUGGAUCUUGGAUCUCCGAGGGUCUGGCCAUCUGGCUACAGCCCAGAAUCCUGAUUAUUUGCGCUUCGACUGGAACCGGUAUGACGGGUGGAAGCCAGGCCCUGGUAAGCUUGCUACUGAGAUCUUGCGAGAGGAGAAGAAGUUGAAAAUACGUGCGAGGCGGGUCUCUGAGGCUGUCCGCGUGCUAAAAGCCAGGGGGGGCUUGGGAUCUAUGUGUUCUUUUGAGAGUAGGUUCCUUUUGGGGACCAUGGAUGAGUUAUGCCCUGUUCAAAGCCCAGGUGAUGUGCAAACGGGAGAUAUUGUAUGUACCGUCGAAGGAUCUAGGGUCCCGCUCGUUCUGAGAAUUCGUGAGGGGUCAAAUGCCAUCUUCAUAGGGAGGGCAGACAUGUCUACUUAUAGCUUUAGGUUUAUGUACGAGCCGUUUGAUCCGGCUGCUUGGACAGACGAGACACAGGCAGAGUGUCUGGUCUUGGUGUAG